AUGGAUCGCGUAAAAUCCAUUACUCAAAAGAAAAAGAAAACAACCACUCCUCCUGCCAAACAGCCUGCUCCUCGGGCUGAAAAGCCCAACCUCGAGACGUCCUUCGACCAGAGGUCAAAUGGGAGCGCUACCGGUGGAGAAGUUCCCGAGCAGCACCAAGAUGUGUCACAACCUUUGAGGAAGAGGACAACGGGAGUGACCAUCAGGGAACCCUCCAGCACCCCACGAGUAGCUGCUGCACCUGCUCCACCAGAAAAGGGAAAGCAGAAAGGUUUUGAACACCCAGAGCCUAUUCUUGAAUCUUCAGAUGAUAAUGUUGAAGGUCUGUUCGACCUGUACAGUGAACUUGAACCCGCCGCUCCUUCGAGCAAGAAAAAGGGGAGCAGGCAACAUCGCGGAGAGAGCAGCAGCAACCCUCCGGCAAAAAAGACUCAGAACGCAGAUCCUCCAAUACCAGUUCCUUCAAAAGAAACAACACCUCCUCCAGCUCCCAUCGACCAGAUGUCUCCACCAGCCCUUGUCGACCAGACACGUCCUCCAACGCCUAUUAACCAACCUCCUCCAGCUCCUGCUGACCAGACACCUCCUGAUCAGAUAGGAGAGGCAUUGACAAACAUUGUGCUUAGUUCAGCCAAAGAUAGACUAACUAAGCUAUCGAGGCACUGA